GCGGCAGUCAGGCAGCACGGUGGACGUCUUCCCGCCUGCUUUUCCGCCACAGUUUAAACCUGAGCUGACAGUUGUUUGUGUCAGGACCACAGACUGUACAUGGUCAGGACUUUUUCUACCUGUCAGAAAGCCCACAGGCCUUGUUGCUAACGUAGCUAGCUCCAGUUAGCCUGAGGAUGUCUGUGCCUCCAGAGAGAGACUCCGAGCUCAGGCAAAUCAUUCACAGCCAUCUGGUCAAGAUGGAUAUCCACGGGAGGAUCCGAGAGGUGCUGGCUGAGACUGUGAAGGACGAUCACGGCCCAGGACAUCAGACUCUCACUGAGGAAGAUUUCCUGCACGCUCUGCAGCGCAGGGGCAUCAUAGAUGACGUGAUGAAGGAGCUAUACUUUGCCAAGGAAAUGCCUACAGAUACAGAAAAGGGCUCUCCUCCUCCUUCAAAGCCUGAUGCUCACUUUGUUCACAAAGACCUGACGCAGUUGAAGAAAACCAACAUUGACCCGACCCGGCGAUACCUUUAUUUACAAGUGGUCGGUGGUAAGGCUUUCCUGGAGCACCUCCAGGAGCCGGACCCCUUACCUGGCCAGGUGUGCUCUACCUUUACGCUCUUCCUGCACUUCCGCAACCAGAGGUUUCACUCCAAGCCAGUGCCAUGUGCCUGUGAGCCGGACCUGCAAGAGGGUUUCCUCUUAGAGAUCCAUAGAGACCACAUCGGAGAGGGCAGUAAAAUGGCAGAUGCCACCACCAUGCUGUCUAUCUGCGACCCGGUUCACUUGGUGCUGAUCAAGACGGACACCUCCAAUGAGACGACGCUGGUCUCCUCCUACUUCCUGGACUGGAGGACCGUCCUCAGCUCGCCCAACAGGAAGACCUGUGUGGCUGUGGAGUUGAUGGGAGUUGGAAGUGAAUGUAAAGUGCCAGCUGGUGUUCUGAAUGUCAGUCUGGAGCUCUACCCGCCUCUGACAGAGACUCUGAGCUCCGACAUCAUCACCACACAGCAAUCACUGGAACGGCAGAAGACCGCAGAGAAGGAGAGGCUGUUCCUGGUUUAUGCCAAGCAGUGGUGGAGGGAGUUCCUUGAGAUCCGACCCUCUCACCAAUCCAAAAUGGUCAAGAUCUUUGCACAGGAUGAGAAUGGUGUGAACAGACCGGUGUGCUCGUACGUGCGUGUCUUGCGGGCAGGCCGGCUCCUGGAGAGUCCUCGGCAGGCCGCUCGCUUCGUCAGCCUGCUGGCCCAUGAAAAGGCCCCUGUGGUUGGAGGAGGAGGAGGCAAGCAGGAGCAGUGGUGCACUCUGAUGGCUUUCCUGUGCAGAGGCAAGGGUGACUGUGAGGAUCAUGCCACCCUGCUGUGCAGCCUCCUGCUGGGCUUUGGCCUGGACGCAUACGUGUGUGUGGGCACCAAGGCUAAGGGUGGCCCACACACCUGGGUCAUGACCCGCGGCACAGAUGGUAGCAUCACCUUCUGGGAGAGCCUGACAGCGCACAGGUACCUGCACCAGGCCAUAGAUCCAGACGCCCCGCCCCUGGCACCCCAGCCCAAACCGUCCUCCCCCUACCGCACUGUUGGCUGCGUCUUCAACCACCAGACCUUCCUGGCCAACUGCCAGCCCUCUGACGCUGUGGAGCUCUGUGUCUUUGACUUCCAGAAUCAGUCUCGGUGGAAGGCAAUGAGCGAGGAGGCUCUGAAGUCGGUCUGCGCCCCAGGCUCCACCACCUCCCUGCCCCCUCUGCCUCCGCUCUGCGCCCCCUCUCUGGAGCCCGCUGCUGCUAGCAACCAGCUGGAGCUGGAGAUGCGCUUCCUGGUGUCUGAGCACAGGAAGGACAUGGAGCUGACCACAGUUUGGGACGACCACCUGUCCUACCUGCUGUCCUCAGCCUUGUCAGCCUAUGAGCUUGAGCGCUGCACCGGCGUCUCCUGUGGCAACGAGGAGUUCCAGGAUGCGGUAAGGAGGGCAGUGCCAGAUGGACACACCUUUAAAGGCUUCCCCAUCCACUUCCUGCACCGCAACGCUCGCAGAGCCUUCACUACCUGCCUCAGGUCGCCAUUCUGUGAGGAGAUUGUCUGUUGUCGUGGCGACCAUGUGAGGCUGGCGGUCCGUGUUCGGGUGUUUCCCUAUCCAGAGAACGCCUGUGCCGUCUGGAUCAUGUUUGCCUGUAAAUACCGCUCGGUGCUCUGAUUAAUGGACAGACUUUAUAUUGAGGCUCGAAGCUGUGAGUUGGGACUGAAAGGGUCACAGGCCUGUUUCAUGUGGAUCUUUAAGUAUGAUGUCGUUGACAAGCCCUGGACAUGAGAUGAGACUGGAUUAAAAAAGGCACUUGGUUACAUCAGUGACUAAUCUGUUCCAGCAGAGUGGCUGGUUAAGCCCAGGGCAUUCAAAAAGACACAUUUCUGACUGUUAUCCCAAUUCUGUGAUCUGCCUGCUUUUUUAAAAGUGCAGCAUACUCAAUUGUACAGAGAACACAUUGUAUUUUUAUAUGUAUUUAUUUAAAUAAAUGAAUUAAAUGAUUUGGUUUGUA